CGGAACCCGCCGUUUGUUUCCGCCCGAGCGCUCGGGGGUUGGUUACUCUUCUCGCUUCUCUCUGUCUCUGUCUACUCUUUUUUCGUGCGAGGUUUCUUCUCCUUUCGUCUUUCACCUCCUCCUCCUCCUCCUCCUCCUCCUCCUCUUCUUCUUCUUCUUCUUUCUCAUUUUCUUCUUGCUCUUAUUUGUAUAUUGAAGGAGAAUGGCUUUCACUUGUGCAGCUCGUGUAAGUCAUUCUGCGGCGCUGCUGUGCGGUGGCGGCGGUGCUUGUCUGGGAGACGGCGACUCUGGCGGGGAUGGCGGCGCACCGUCAUGUAGCUACAUCUCCUCCAGAGAAGGAGAAAGAGCAGGUGCGACGGUCGCCAGCUUGAAUUGUGGUCACCAUCAUCGUCAUCGUCAUCCUCAUUUUGCGUAUCGCCUUUCCUGUUCGUCUUAUCCCCCAUCCAAGGCCGCUGCCGCUCUUAAUGACGUCGUCGUCUGCUCAAGGAGAGCAGCGGCGGCGGCGCCGGCGCCGCCGCCUCCACUUUCGGCAUGGCGCCCUCGAGCGCAGUCGUCGCACAUUCGACGCCGCGCAGUCUCCGCGCCAACAUGCGUCCGACGUAUCGCCUCGACAGACUUCUCCUCGUCGCCGUCGUCGGCAUCAUCGGUACAUUCUAUGUCCCAUUUCCUGGUCACGAGAGCAGAUGCUGCUGGGCCCUCUCCCACUAAUCCCCGUCAGCCUCGGUCAUCGCCCUUGUCGUCCUCAGCUACGUCUCGUUCCGACGCUGUAUCCAGCGAACUGACAGGGUCUUGGGAUGAAGCGGCGGCACCGCGCAGUGCCGCCUCCUCCUCCACGUGUUCUCCUCUCCCCACGGCGAACGGAGAUUCAGAUCUUGAGAUGGACUGGGUAAGCAGCGGGAAGACCUUGGUGGCUCCAACUCCCGCCGACUUCAAGUCCCGCUACGCCGACGAUGAGCCGCGGAAGGGCUGCGACAUCCUCGUGGAGGCACUGGAAAGAGAGGGCGUGUGCCACGUGUUUGCUUAUCCCGGCGGCGCCUCGAUGGAGAUCCAUCAAGCGCUGACUCGAUCUAAUUACAUCCGAAACAUUCUGUGCCGGCACGAGCAAGGCGAGGUGUUCGCCGCCGAAGGCUAUGCCAAAUCGACAGGGAGGGUGGGUGUGUGCAUUGCGACAUCGGGUCCAGGUGCAACGAAUCUGGUGACCGGCCUGGCCGACGCCAUGCUGGACAGCGUCCCCCUUGUCGCCAUUACAGGCCAAGUGCCGAGGAGGAUGAUCGGCACGGACGCUUUUCAAGAGACUCCUAUUGUAGAGGUGACACGGUCCAUCACCAAGCACAACUAUCUAGUUCUCGAUAUCGACGACAUCCCGCGCAUCAUGAGGGAGGCGUUCUUUUUGGCUGCGUCGGGGCGCCCGGGUCCCGUGCUCGUGGACAUUCCCAAGGACGUGCAGCAGGCGAUGGCCGUUCCAUCUUGGGCGGACCCAAUGCGGUUGACGUCCUACCUGCAGAGAUUGCCAGGUGUUCCGUCUGUUGCGCAUAUGGAGCAGGUGGUGCGGCUGCUGCACAGCGCAAAGAAACCGGUGUUGUACGUGGGCGGGGGCUGUAUGCAGGCGUCGGAAGAGCUGCGCGAGUUCGUGGCAAUGACGGGCAUUCCCGUUGCCCAGACCUUGAUGGGUCUCGGCGUUUUCCCGGAAAGCAGCGAGCUGGCGCUGCAUAUGCUUGGGAUGCACGGCACCGUGUAUGCUAAUUACGCCAUCGAUCAAGCGGAUUUGCUGCUGGCAUUCGGGGUCCGAUUUGAUGACCGGGUGACUGGCAAGCUCGAGACCUUUGCCAGCAGGGCGUCCAUCGUCCACGUGGACAUCGAUCCCGCGGAGCUGGGAAAGAACAAGAAUCCUCACGUCUCCGUAUUUGCUGAUGUCAAACUGGCAUUGACGGUUCUCAACGGCAUCUUGAGAUCCAGCAUGCCGAAUCUCGAUUACUCUGCUUGGAUUCGCGAACUGGAUGACAAGAAGAAGGAAUUCCCCAUGACAUAUCCGAAGUCCGGGGACGAUAUAUAUCCUCAGCACGCGAUCAGUGUGCUGCACGAAGUGACAGGAGGGGAGGCGGUGGUCUCUACUGGGGUCGGUCAGCAUCAAAUGUGGGCGGCGCAGUUUUAUAAAUUCGACAAGCCCAGAAGGUGGCUCACAUCUGGCGGUCUUGGAGCAAUGGGUUUUGGUCUCCCGGCGGCUUUGGGUGCAGCUGUUGCAUGUACAGAUGUGCAUGUGGUCGAUAUCGAUGGUGAUGGAAGCUUUUUGAUGAAUGUUCAGGAGAUGGCUACUAUCAAGGUGGAAAAGCUCCCUGUGAAGAUCAUGAUUUUGAACAAUCAACAUUUGGGAAUGGUUGUGCAAUGGGAGGACCGAUUCUACAAGGGCAAUCGUGCCCACACAUACCUGGGGGACCCCGAGUGUGAGGCAGAGAUCUAUCCCGAUUUCUGUAAGAUCGCAGAAGGUUACAAAAUCCCAUCUGCUCGUGUCACGAAGAAGAGUGAACUGAAGCAGGCGAUUAAGACAAUGCUUGACACUCCCGGGCCAUAUCUCCUGGACGUAAUUGUUCCACAUCAGGAGCAUGUCUUGCCCAUGAUUCCUGGUGGAGGAUCAUUCAAGGAUACGAUAACGGAAGGAGAUGGACGCACUCAGUACUAAAUGGCGACGGUCAGGGUAAAGCGAUACCCUGUGCUGACAUCGGCAACGGUCUAGGUAAAGCGGUACCUUGUGCUGACAUCGGCUGUGUGAGCAGCGGUUUUGCAUCUAGUAAUGUCUUCCCGCAUGGGUGCGAAGGACCGCAUGUAAUGUGACAUCUUGUCUUGACAUGGACUGUGCGAGCCGCACAUUUUGACCAAAUUGACUGAAAACAAACUUUUGGCGGGGGGUUACUUUUUUCACUCUGGACAACGACAAGGUUGUCUAUAGGGCAGCAGACAGUUUUGUGGUGCUUUAUGAUCCCUGUCUGGGCGGUGGAGAGGGUAUAUGUGGCGAGCAUGUCUGUUUGCAUGUAAAGAGAGCAAGUAGCUAGGAAAGUGCAUUUGAUGUGUUGAUAUGGGCUGUGCGAGCCUGUGCUGGUUCAAUUCCAUCUUCAUAAGCAAGGGAGAUGGAGAGAGGGAAGGGGGGGGGUGUUGGUUCAGUUCCGCCUUCAAAAGCAAGUGUACCGGAGGGAAGGGAGGGAUGCGGCAAAGGUUUUUUUUUGUUCAUAAAGGAGACACUUACGGAUCCAUGUCAGGCGACGAGGUUGAUUGAAACCUUUUUGUUGGCGAAAGCUUUUGUGUAAUUAUGUGGCGUAGCUGCUAAUGCAGACAGAGAAGGAUGGGAGCAUAAAUUUGCAGCAUAAGAUAGCAUCUUCCUUGGCGAGUAUGAUAGCGACAGCCAGAUUUAGCCCUGGCCCUGCAAUGAAAGGUAAGCAGCACAGUUUGAAAGAUCCGCUAUCUCUACGAAAUGACACCAGAUGAGGAGGGGAGAAGGGUAUAUGAGUCUCUUUGCUUGCUUUUUUUCACUGUAGUCAGAUGAUUCUUGAUAACUGGAGAGGUUGAUGCACACCUCAUAAUCCUCCUUCCUAUUGGCUUGUUCAUGCAUCUGUGGUCGGUCGUCUGUCUAUAACUGUUCUAGUUAUUGUUUGGGAUUUGCCGAUGCCACUUUUAAAGAGCCAAUUUUUUGGUAAAAUUUUCCAUGUCUGGUCAGUGUGGGGCACUGUGGGCCCCUUUUGCUUCCACAGUGUUUGGCAUUUUCGUGUGCGUCGAGUACUUGGAUGCAAUUUUCUGGGUCGAAGUUUGGACCACCAGUGCUUAGAGACUUCAUUUUGCAGAAGCGAAUUCCCCUCCGCAUGCCCCCCAAUGAAGUGGACUUGUAUCUGAACUGAGUUCUUGGUACUAUAUCUCUGAGUUCUGAGUGGGCGCUUGAUGCCAGUUUGCUGCGCAACCGGCGUGUUUUUUCAUGUGCAUCGAGUGCUCAGAUGAAAUUUUUUGGGUCAAAGUUUGGGCCGCCAGUGCUUAGAGGCUUUUCCUUUUGGAGAAGCGAAUUCCCCUCUGCGCCCCCCCAAAAAAGAACCGGCGCGUUUUUCGUUUUGAGACUGGUGUGACCAGCCAUUCAGCUCCGGUGGGCGGUGCCGCGAAAGUAGAGGGGCAAGCAUAGCCGCGUUGGAGAAAAAAGGCUGGCGAAACUGCUGGUGGUGGUUAUAUAAACCCUUUGGAGAAAAAGGGGAGUGCGCAGUCUGUGCAGUUGCACACGCAGACCAGAAAAUGGUCCCAACUUAAGAGAUGCGAAGGGAAGGGUGGGGAAAAAGGAGAAAGAAGGAAUGCCUGUGGCUGGCUGCAAAGGAGAGGGAGGUAUCUGCAAUAAGACUGCAAAUCUUUGGAUUGGACUUUCUGUUCUAUAUCCGUGAACGUAGUCCCACAUUAAGAACUAUAGGGGUGAGCUACGGUGGAGCGGGUGAGGACAGCUGACAUUAUAAAAUAUAGGAGGUAGAUACCCCCUGUGUUUUGCGCAGCUCGGGUGUUUUGGUUGUGCAUUGGGUCCAUUUUCUUUCUUUUUCAAUUUGUUGCAGGAGGGUUUUCAAGAGGCCCCGACUGUUCGGUCCUUCCCUGUGCCAAGGUGGUGGCUGCCGAUAUUCCCAAUCAACCUAUAGGGAGCAA